UCAGUGAUACCACUGGAGGAUCCAGUCGUCAGAGAAGUUACGUUGGUUCUACGAGAAUGGGGAAAUAUUUGGAAGCAACUGUUUGUGAUGCGGGAGGUGUACCGUUUUUCAACUGUACGGAAAGUGAUGUGCGAACUGCUGGACUGGCGAAGGCAGUUAUUAACUGGCACUCUUACCCAGGACCAGAUGCGCGAGCUCAAGCUUCGUAUUACCACAAAAAUAGACUGGGGAAACAGGAAACUUGGCCUGGACUUGGUGCCUCGUAUGGGAGUGCAUAUGGUGGAUCCUGAUACCGUCAGCAUAGUGGAGCUGUACAAUGUCCAUGUCUUGAGCUCUGAGAACUCCCAAGGAGCAUCAGCAAGGGGUACAAUGAAGAGAAGAGAGACACAGAAGGUCCUUACACACCAUCUGUAUUUUUGCAUGAGAGAUUUUGGCCACCAUAUAGGAGAAGAUACAGAAGUUUACUUUUCAUUGUAUGAUACAAAGAAAGCUAAAUAUAUCAGUGAAAGAUUCCUGGUGAAAAUUUCGAAGGAGGGCUUUUCAAAUUAUGUGGAAAAGCUUCACAGUAACUGCACCAUAUUUACGGAUCUUGGAAAUGCUGAUCUCAAUCGAGAUUUGUACCUUGUGGCACAUGUUAUGAGAGUGGGUCGUAUGAUUUAUUCAGAAUCAUCAAAGAAAGUUUCCACUCAUGCGAUACCACCUCACCAGCUUUUUCGACGACCUCAUGGCUGUGCUGUAUUACCUAUUACUGAAAUUCUACAGAGCAAGGAACCUGCCAAUGAUGAACGAGAAUUUACAUUUAAAGUAUUUCAGGGUGAUGAGAAGGACUUCCAUCAACUGCAUGAACUAAUUAUUAAAAAACAAUCAGGCAAAUAUAAUAUACUUCCUGGGCAGCCAAACUAUGGUAUUGGAAUUUCAUUACGUAUGUUGCAUGGUGAAUUAACACAGGUACGGGAAGAAAACCCUCUUCUGUUCAAAAAUAUAUGUAUAACCAAAAAAUUAGGUUUCUCUGAUGUCAUAAUGCCUGGUGAUGUACGUAAUGAUCUCUAUCUCACUCUCGACAGAGGUGAAUUUGAACGCGGUGGGAAAUCUACCGGAAAGAAUAUUGAAGUAACUAUUCUUCUCCUUGACAGUGAUGGCAAAAUUCUUGAGAAUUGUCUGUGGGGUGCUUCAGGAAUGGAUGGAAGUAGUGAAUAUCACUCGAUGAUUAUUUAUCAUCACAACUCACCUGCCUGGUCAGAAACAGUCAGACUGGCUGUACCAAUUGAAAAAUUUUAUGGUUCACAUGUACGGUUGGAAUAUCGACAUUGUUCAACUCGUGACAAAAUGGAUAACAAAAGACUGUUUGGAUUCUCAUUUGCGCAUCUAAUGGAACAAGGUGGAGCAACACUGAGUGAUGGUCAGCAUGAGUUAUACAUUUAUAAAUGUGAGGAACGGACACGACUGGAACCCUCCAUGUACCUGAAUCUUCCAUCAGGUGUACGAGACGAUGCAGGCCCAUCUGUGUCAUCACCAUUCUCUCGCAGUAGCAAGGAGGCAGUAUAUGUCCACACAUUGCUCUGUUCGACAAAACUAACCCAGAAUGCGGAUCUUUUAUCACUCCUCCAGUGGAAGGAACACCCAGAAAAUAUCCAGGAAGCACUAUCUCGAGUUAUACUACUUGAUGGAGAAGAACUAGUGAAAUUCUUACAGGAUGUCCUUGAUGCUUUAUUUGCCAUGUUUUCUACAGAAGAAGGGAACUCUACAUCUUACUCGGGUCUUGUCUUCCAGUCUCUGGUGAGCAUAUUCAGUUUGCUAGAAGACAGCAAAUUUGAACACUUCAAGCCAGUUAUGGAUGCAUAUAUCAAGGGUCAUUUUGCUGCAGCCCUCGUAUACAAGGGUUUACUGAGCAGUGUGGAACAUUGUGCAAGCUGGGUUGUAUCAGCUGAAAAGCAAGAACCGUUACAAAAGUGCUUCCACUCUCUUGAAUAUAUUUUCAAGUUUAUCAUUCAAUCACGGCUAUUGUGUGCUCGGGCUACUGGUGGACAGUAUGAAGACAGCUUUAAAAGGGAUCUUUAUAAUGUUUUUGCAGCUUUAAACAAGACAUUGGCCACUUCAUAUGAUGCAAUUUUACCAACACAGGUGGCUCUUUUGCAUAGCAUCAGUGCAGUAUUUGAGCAGCUAAUACAAGUAUUACCAGCAUUAGAGGUAACAAAGCUAGCCACUAUGAUGUUAGAGAGCUUACCAUCAAGGGAUCUCUCACCCCAACUCACCCAGGCAAAGCUUACUGCCAUUCGCAAUAUGGUUACCAGUAAACUCUUUGCUGAUGAUGAAUCCAGAAACUUACUUCUGGCAAUCAGCUGUAAACAUCUCCGACAUCACCUAGCUCAUAGAGAUGAACUGCGUCUCUGUACGGACAUUCUUUCUGAAAUACUUAGCUUCCUUUACAAGCAAAAACAAGCUCAGGAACAAGGAAAGGUUAAUAAUUGCUUGCAUCAUGAUGUUGAAAUUUUGUGCCUGAAUACAUUGGAAAUGCUAAUACAGACUGUUCUCAUCAUUAUAGAUCGUUCUGCAUCAGUUUUGGGUUCUCUUGUGUCUUGCCUUGUUGGAUUGCUGCAGCUGUUGGAUGAAUUUCAUUACAAGAGAUUAUGGGAGCAUCUUAGUGACAGAAAGUCUCAGAAGGACUUCCUGCUUAGAGUAUUUUUAGUAUUUCGAUUAUUAGUGCGACAGGAAGUUUUCCCUCCUGAUUGGCUUGUCAUGCGCAUGGUAGCCAACAAUGUUAUGCUAAAUGCUCUUCGUGAACUAGCACAGCCACUGACAUUUAAUUUCCUUGACAGCUGUUGCCACUUUGAUAGUGAGCUGUGGAGCAGUUAUUUCAACCUAGCUGUUGCCUUUUUAACACAACCAUCUCUACAACUUGAAAAGUUUAGUGAAGUGAAAAGAGAGAAGAUAAUAGAAAAGUGUGGAGACAUGAGAGUUCUAAUGGGAUUUCAGAUUCUCUCAAUGUGGUCAAGCUUAGGAGAGCACAAAAUAAAUUUUAUUCCAACAAUGGUUGGACCCUUCUUGGAAGUAACCUUGGUACCAGAAGCAGAACUGCGUAAGGCAACUCUGAACAUAUUUUUUGAUAUGAUGGAAUGUGAACAAAAAGCAAAAGGAAAUUUCAAGCAAGUAGAGUCUGAGCUCAUUGAUAAGUUAGAUAUUCUGAUUAGUGAAAAUAAGGGUGAUGAUGAAUACAGGCAGUUGUUCAAUACAAUACUCCUAGAGCGUGUGCAGUCAGAAGACCCUGCCUGGAAAGACAGUGGAGCAGCAUUCAUAAGUUCUGUUACUAGACUGCUGGAGAGGCUGCUGGACUACAGAAGUGUCAUACAGGGGGAUGAGAACAGGGACAAACGAAUGUCCUGCACUGUCAAUCUUCUUAAUUUUUAUAAAAAUGAAAUAAAUCGCAAAGAAAUGUAUCUGAGAUACAUUUACAAGCUGCAUGACUUGCAUUUGCCUGCUGAAAAUUAUACAGAGGCUGGCUUUACAAUGAAGCUGUAUGCCGACCAGCUAAGUUGGUCAGACAAAACACUUGUAUCAGAUCCACACUAUCCUGGUCUCACAGAGCUGGAGCGAAAGGAGCAGUUAUAUCAGCAAAUUAUUCAUUACUUUGACCGAGGAAAGUGCUGGGAGAAAGGCAUCCCCCUCUGCAAAGAAUUAGCUGAUCUCUAUGAGCAUAGACUCUUUGACUAUGCUAAACUGAGCCAAAUUCUUAAGACACAGGCCAGUUUCUUUGAUAACAUUCUAACACAGCUUAGACCAGAGCCAGAAUACUUCAGAGUUGGAUUUUAUGGUUUGAGCUUUCCAUUAUUUGUUAGGAACAAACUGUUUAUAUAUCGAGGUCUGGAAUAUGAGAGGAUAGGUGCUUUUACUCAGAGGCUGCAAACAGAAUUCCCAUCUGCCCAGAUCCUCAUGAAAAACACACCACCUGAUGACACAAUUAUGAAUUCAGAUGGACAAUACAUACAGAUCUGUAAUGUAAAACCUAUCCCUGAGGAAAAUCCAUUAUUUCCACCAGGAGCUGAUAUACCAGAAAAAAUUUCCAGUUUCUAUCAGGUUAAUGAUGUUCGCACCUUCCAGCUUGAUCGACCUGUUCACAAAGGGCCGGUGGACAAGGAAAAUGAAUUUAAGAGUCUAUGGAUAGAGAGGACCAUACUUGUUACAAGCAGUUCCUUACCAGGAAUUCUUAGAUGGUUUGAAGUCAUUGAAAAAAGAGUGGAGGAAUUGGCACCAGUGCAGUUUGCAUGUGAAACAAUGGAAAGUGUUAACAAGGAAUUGCGGCAACUUGUGAAUCAGUAUACUGCUGAACCAAAGAGAAAUAUCAACCCUUUCAGCAUGAGGUUGCAGGGGAUAAUUGAUGCAAAUGUUAUGGGUGGCAUAGCAAAAUACCAACAAGCAUUUCUUAAUCCUGAGUUUGUGAAGUACCACCCUGAAUUCUCAGAACAUGUACAACGUUUGAAGAAUCUUACACUUGAUCAGCUCCAUAUCCUAGAGACUGGUCUUGCACUUCAUGGGCAGCUUGCCCCUCCGGGUGUGCAACCACUUCACCGUAGACUGUUGGAGAGGCUGUCACAGUUACGUCAAGGACUGAGAGAGCUAGUUGCUAUUCGCUCAUCAAGAGGACAUUCUUGUACAGACUCAACCUCCUGUGGCAGUAUUCUAAGCAUGCCUCUACCACCCCUUCCUAUGGAGAAGAAGAUGCUCAUGCAGCCCAAUGAAAGUCGCAGUAAUCGUUCCUCUACUUCCAGUGGAGGACCAUAUAACCACUUUGCUCUUAUGGAUGAUCAGGUGACAGAUGAUGAAGAUAUAUAUAGCAAGCCAGUGGAAAUGAAUGAGAGCCAUGUGCCACCACCACCUCCACCCCCACCUCCGCCACCACCAAUACCAAUGCGUGAGUCACGACCACGUUCAGCUGGCUACAGCCUGACAGAUAUGGGACGUAUAACAGUUCGAGGAACUCUUGAAUAUUCAUCACUGCCACCUGUAAGCCUAAACAGAGAUUCUACAGAAGGUGACACAGUUUCUACAAUGCCAAGACCCCCCAAACCAACGCAUCAAAGAUCACUCAGUAAACUACUCUCAUGUCCUGCUCCAGCUAGCUACAACAGUUCUGAGAACAGCAAUGGCAGUCAGCUUCGGAAUUCAUGGUCAGAGGCAACUACAGAUGAGGCACCACCUCUACCUCCAAGAGGACAAACUCCAGACCGAAGAAACACUAGUUUAUUUAUUGAUACAACACAAAUGCCACCAGCCCCACCAAAGAGACUCAUUAAAAAGGGUUCAUCAAUUGUAGGCAGCAUAGAUUCAGCUAUGGAUAUUAAUGCUGAUGCUGAAACUGAAAGCAGUAGUGAUGGGCAUGACCUGCGUGAUUCUGGGUACUCAGAGUUUCCAAUGUCCCGCACCACUCCAACCAACAAUUUUAACAAUAUGCCAUAUGAAGACUUUGUAUUGCCAACACAUUUUGGUGAGGUGAACAUUUCACCACCAGUUCUAUCACCUCGCACCCAGUCAUUUCCUACACCACCACCAGUUCCUCCAAAAGCAACAGCCAACAUGAUUCCAAAUAUAUCACCAGAAACUUCCCCUCCAAGAACAAGCAGUGGAACCUUGGAACGAAAUCAACACUUACCUUCCUUUGUCGACAGUGGUGUAAUUACAUUACCAUUGUGUAUUGCAGAAAAUUACUCAGUUCCAAAGAAAAAUGAAAACGUACAGUAAAUUUUACUGAUCAUAUUUGUGCUGUGAGUCCAUUUAGUGACUGCUGCUGUCCAGUGUGUACAUACCAAAAAACAUCCUGAACUCCAGCACCAAAGAGUGUGCCUACUCUUUUCAGUUUGUGCAAUAAUUUAUGUAUGUUUAUCAUAUUCCAUACAUUUCUUCCACUAAAUUUGUGACCUUUCAGCAAGAAACUGCUGUGCAACCAGGAACCUUUUAUGAAGUAUUAGUACCUUAGUUCUAUGUUCUUAACUGCAAUGAACUUUCAUGCCAGUUAGUGCGAUACUGCAUGUUUUUCAGUUCAAUUAUUUUGUAUUCCAAGUUCUCAAAUGAAAGAUGGAUGUUCAGGAUGAGAAUAUACUAUAAAAGAGCAUUUUUUUGUGCUCAGACUGUCUGUGAAAAACUUUUUGUGUGUAGU